AUGAAACUCAGACCCAUCAUAGCCCUCAGCCUAACCGCCGCCGCUGGCGUCGUCCCCGGCAAGCCAAACCCCUCCUCAGGAGAAGAUUCUGGGCAGAAGCCUGCGGAGCCAGUUCAUAGGAAUGCUCAGCAGCCAGUUAAUGUGAAUGCUCAACAUCAACAGACUCAUGAGAGGUUGUUUGGGGGUGCGCAGGGGUGGGUUAAACAAGCUGAUGGAAGUCAGAAGUGGGUUGGGGGGACGGUUAGGAACUAG